AUGUCAGAGCUUAUUCCCCCUAUUAUUUUUCUCUCACUUCUGCCAUAUUAUUCCCUCAUAUUCCUUUUUUCGUCACCCAACGAGGUCCGUCGCCUCCUCGCCAAAAGCUCCGUCGGUGGUCGCUGUGAGCUCCAUCACAUCUCCGCCGUGAGGUCAUCAUCUUCAACCACGGCUCCAUUGGCUUCUUCUCCAUCUCUGGCAAGUAGGAGCUCCCUUCCAUCGCCUACUGCAUCAUCCCCUUCUCCUUCUCUAGCUCCAUCUCCCACCGCCAAUACUCCUACUUCGAUCUCCAUGCCUCCUUCUGAGGCUUCAGCGCCUAUUGAGAACGACGCUGCUACGAAUCGCUUUGCCAUUGCAGGAUCUGUUGCCUUUGGCAUUGCCGCCGUCGCUUUGGUCAUGUAAAGCGCCGCAUUGUGUAGCUUCGAGAGGUUACUCACCACUUUUUGGUUGAUCGGUGUUUAGAUUAUUCAAUUUUCUUCAUUUAAUUUUGAUCGUAGUAUUUAUUUUUCAUGCUUGUUGAUUCGAGCUUUUAUACGGUGUGACUGAUGA